UAGCUGUCAAGCUAGUUAGCUAGCUAACGUUUCUGGCAAGGUUUGUAGCUUGUUAGCUAGCUAUAACGUUGGCUGUGACUAUGCAAGGGGAAACCGCCACGGCAAUACGAAUCUCGGACAGUGACGGGAAACUGGAUGUCUUUCUCCAGAAAGGGACGCCUGGUAGUUCUGGAAGAGGGAGUUCGAAAGGCUGGCAGUACAGUGACCACAUGGAAAAUAUUGAUGGUUACCUGAUGAAAUACACCAAUUUGGUAACAGGAUGGCAAUAUAGGUUCUUUGUCCUCAACAAUGAGGCGGGGUUGUUGGAGUACUUUGUCAAUGAGCAGUCCAGGCCCCAGAAACCUCGCGGGACGCUCCCCUUGGCAGGGGCGGUCAUCCCCAGCGACGAGGACUCUCACACCUUCACGGUCAAUGCCAUCAGUGGGGAACAAUACAAGCUCAGAGCCACGGACGCCAAAGAGCGACAGCACUGGGUGAGCCGGCUGCAGAUCUGCACGCAGCACCAUACUGAGGCCAUGGGGAAGUCUGGUAGUCCUCAAGGAUUGACCGAGAGAGGACGAGGUGGAGACGCGUUCACGGAAAAGGAGGAGGAACUGGGGGCGGUGGAGGAGGAGCGCAGUGUCAUCCUACACCUGCUCUCGCAGCUCAAGCUGGGCAUGGACCUCACGCGGGUGGUGCUACCCACCUUCAUCCUGGAAAAGCGCUCCUUACUAGAGAGAUGUCGCCACUUCAUGUCCCACCCGGACCUGUUCGUGUCCAUCACAGACGGCCAAGGGCCCGAGGAGCGCAUGGUGCGCUUCGUCGAGUACUACCUCACCUCCUUCCACGAGGGCCGCAAGGGCGCCAUCGCCAAGAAGCCCUACAACCCCAUAAUCGGCGAGAGCUUCCACUGCUCCUGGAGGGUGCCCAGGUCAGGGGAACCUGCUAAGGAUGCCCCCUCACCCCCCUCUCCUCCCCAGGGAAGCCCCACGACCGAGGAGGAGGACGGCAGUUACGAGUUGCGCUUCGUGGCUGAGCAGGUGUCCCACCACCCGCCCGUGUCGGGCUUCUACGCCGAGUGCCCCGAGAGGCGGAUGUGCGUCAAUACCCACGUGUGGACCAAGAGCAAGUUCAUGGGCAUGUCCAUCGGGGUGUCCAUGAUCGGGGAAGGCUGUCUAUACCUGCUGGAGCAUGACGAGUACACGUUCACGCUGCCCUGUGCCUACGCCCGCUCCAUCCUUACCGUGCCCUGGGUGGAGCUGGGGGAAAAGGUCAAUGUGAACUGCACCAAGUCGGGAUACUCCGUGGUCAUCACCUUCCAGACCAAGCCCUUCUACGGCGGCAAACUGCACAAAGUGACGGCGGAGGUAAAGCACAACGCUACCAACGUUGUGGUGUGCCGCGUGCAGGGCGAGUGGAACGGCGUGCUCGAGUUCAGCUACCAGAACGGCGACACGCGCAUGGUGGACGUCACCAAGCUGCCCGUCACUAAGAAGCGGAGUGCGCGCCCAACGACAAGCAAGUACCAACCGAAUCGAGCGCCUGUGGCAGCACGUGACUGA